AUGCGCAGCGGGAAAACACCCGUCAGCUGCAUCCCCUGCGCGAGUCGCAAGGUCCGCUGCGACAAACAGCAGCCCUGCUGCCACUGCAAGCGACGCCCGCAGGAUACCUGCGAAUAUCCGAGGCCCAUCGCGGUGUCCGAGCGCGGCCACGAUGGGCUGGGUGAGCGAAUUGUGCUUCUCGAGCAGGUGAUCCGAAGCCUCGGGGGAGACCCGAACGACAUUGUCCAGCCCCAGCAUGGUCAGACUCCAACAUAUCCAUCGCCAGCAUCGGUGUUGUCGGCCAAGUCAUCUGCCACGGCUCGAAUCGAGCCAUCUUCUUGCGAAUCAGCGACGACGGCGGCUAUUGAUCGCGCCGGAUUGCCCAUGUGGUAUAGCUGGGGAGAGGCCAAGUUCCUCCAACACGACAACCCUGCUGUCUCUUCGCUGCGACACCAGCUUUGUUUAUCCCCGGCCAGUGGGAGCAGUUACGUUUCCACCAUCCUCGAUCCUGUCGAGGCCCCAGACACAGUUCGCCCUGAAGCACGGCGUGUCCCCCGCCAACACCUCGAUACCCUGUGGACCGUCUUCUUACAGAAUGUGCACCCCCUUGUCAAGAUCUUCUUCGACUGGGAAGUCGAGCCAGUGAUCAAGAGGGCCAAGCAGGAGGCGUCUGGUUUGUCUGCGCCGGAGGGGGCGCUCUUAUGUGCCAUCAGCUUUCUGGCCGCCGUCAGUCUGCCCGAAGACGACUGUGUACGUCUGCUGCACGAGGAAAAGCCACUGCUUCUGGCACACCUGCAUCACACCACCGAAGUGUCCCUAAGGCUUGCCGGGUACGCGGUGACAUCCAACAAACUCACGGUACAGGCCUUUAUGCUCUACCUGCACGCGAUACGCGCCCGCGCUCAUCCAGCCGCCCUCUUCUCUCUCAUGGGCGUGGCGAGCCGGGUCGCCGAGCGGAUGGGCCUCCAUCGAGACGGCGAGUUUCUGGGUCUCAGCGUCCUUCGCAGCGAAGAGCGCCGUCGCAUGUGGUGGCAGCUGCAGUACAUGGAGCUCACCGUGGCCCACCAGAUCGGCGCCCUGAGCCCCAGCGUCCUAGGCAAAUGGGACGCCAAGAUGCCGGCAAACGUGGACGACGGUGCGCUAGCUCCCGAGACGAAAGCCCUUCCAGCCGAUGGCACGGCGCUCACGAGCAUGUCCAAUUGUCUUUGGAAGUACAACGUGCUUCAAUUCCACCGUGGCGCCCGCGGGGCCGAUCACGGUGUGCUCACGGCGGACCAGACAACUUCGAUGGUGGACAGGAUCGAGGAGAUGCUGCGGGUCAAGUUCGUGCAGUACUGCGAGCUUCUCAACCCUCUCCAUGUCAACAUGCAACUGGCCAUCUGCCAAUUCCUCGUCGCCACGCGUCGGCUUCUUCGUCAGCCCGCCCUUGUCCAUGCCAAAAUCUCCGACAUGUCACGCCAGGAGCGUGAUGCACUCCUGGCAAUCUGCGUCAAGAACUUGGAGUACUGCAUUCUGACCCAGACGAAUGAAAUACUCGAGGGGUUCAAGUGGCACAACAACGCCUUCUUCCCUUGGGCCGCUUUCAUCUAUGUUAUUCUAGAGGCCAGCCAUCGGGCCGAGGAGGCUGCUAUCGAGGGUAUAUGGCGGAUCAUCCGUCGAACAUACGAAACCCACGACGAGCUACGAGUCGAUGCCCACCGUCAAGACGUCACGUUUGCCGCGCGUAUCACGGCGACGUUCAACCUGCCUCAGCCUAGCUUAGUGGCGACGGCUGGUGAACAGGCACCGCAGGAUUCGACUGAAGGUCCAGCACUGGAUUUCGACCUCGACCUGGACAUGAUAGACUGGUCCGCCUGGGACGGCGCGUCUAUGGAUGCAGCGCUAUUCAGCAACGCUACUUAG